AUGUCGAAGCCUAUUUUUACUUUGGCAGAAGGCCAGCCAAUUGCAGAUCCAUCUGUCAGUACUACCUUGCCCACAUUUGGCAGCGGUGGCCUUACAACCUUGGGCGAUACACUCCUCCUUGAGACGCUUGCGCAUUUUAACCGUGAGCGUAUCCCUGAAAGGGUGGUGCAUGCUAAGGCUGCAGGUGCUUGGGGAGAAUUUGAGGUCACUAGGGAUAUAUCUUCUCUCUCGGCGGCCAAGUUCCUCAAUGGCGUGGGCAAGAAAACGCCGGUGCUUUUCCGUCUGAGCACGACUGGUGGUGAAAAGGGCAGCGCCGACACCGUGCGGGACGUGCGAGGCUUUUCCGUCAAGUUCUUCACUGAGCAGGGUAAUCACGACAUUGUAGGGAAUCAUAUUCCGGUGUUCUUCGUGCGGGAUCCAGUGAGAUUUCCUUCUCUCAAUCGCAGCCACAAAAGACAUCCCGCCACUAACCGGCCGGAUUGGACAAUGUUUUGGGACUUUCAUGUCAACCAGCCAGAGAGUGUCCAUGCUUUGAUGCACCUGUUUGGCUCUCGCGGCAUCCCGGAUUCCAUCCGUCGGGUGACGGGUUUUGGUGUGCAUACCUUCAAGAUGGUGUCAGCGGAUGGGAGUUUUCGGUAUUGCAAAUUCCACUUCCGGCCGACGCAAAGCAUCACCCAUUUUUCUGGAAAAGAAGCCACAUUGAUGGCUGGGGCCAAUCCCGACUUCCACAACCAGGACCUAUGGGAUGCCAUCGCUCGGGGAGAAUUCCCCGCAUGGAAACUCUACGUGCAGGUCAUGAAGCCUGAGCAGGCCGAGACUUAUGGCCGCGCCCUGUUCGACAUCACCAAAGUCUGGCCCCACGCGGAGUUCCCCUUGAUUGAAGUCGGCCAAAUGACCCUGAACAAGAACCCAGAGAACUACUUUGCUGAGAUCGAACAAGCGGCAUUCUCGCCUUCUAAUAUGGUCCCUGGCAUUGCAAUGACCCCCGACCCGAUGCUGCAGGCACGCAUGUUUGCCUAUCCGGACGCUCACCGAUACCGCCUGGGGGUAAAUUACACCCAGCUCCCUCCCAAUCGGGCCAUAUGUCCUGUCUACGCGCCGUUCGAGCGCGAUGGUAUGGGCACCGUGACCAAGAACUACGGCGGUGACCCAAACUAUGUGCGUAGUACCUUGAGCGGGGGCGUGCCCAGCCCGGUGCCUUCUGACGUGCGACACACCGAGCGCAUCCAACACAAUGCGACCCUCGGCCAGAAUGAGAUUCAGGUUGAUGAUGAGGACUAUGUUCAGCCUCGUGAGCUGUGGAACAGAGUCUUUAAUGAGACCGAGAAGAGGCAGUGGAUAGCGAAUGUGGCCGAGACUUUGGAUGGUGUGCCAGCUCCGCUGAAGAAAGCCGUCAUGGAGAUGUUUAGCAAAGUCCAUCCCCAGAUUGGUCAAAUGUUGGAAGGGAGGACUACUAGUAGUUCUCGCCUUUAG